GAUUGUUGAGCACGGAGCUCCACGGAUUACAGAAACAGACACCCGUCUGUUUCGUUUCUGGUGUGUUUCUUCACAUCCUGGACGCGCUGAGGGAUCGAAAUUUCAACAGUUUAACGUCUGCGGAGCGGGGUCGAAGAAAAUAAGCGAUUGGAGAAGACAGAACGAAACUUAUUUCUUUCAAAAAAAAUCUCCAUUGAAAACAAAGGAUGCCGAAGCAGGUUGAGGUGAGGAUGCAUGAGAGUCAGCUGGAGCCCAUGGACACGCCAGCCAAGCCCAUGUGUGGGGGGAUCUGCCAGAAGAUGUGCAAGAACCUGCUGCUCACCCUCACUGUGUUGGGUGUGGUUUUGGGCGCGGUGAUGGGGAUGCUCCUGCGCUACGCCUCCCCCCUCCCCCCGGACGUGAUCAUGGUCAUCAGCUUCCCCGGAGACAUCCUGAUGAGGAUGCUGAAGAUGCUCAUCCUGCCCCUCAUCAUCUCCAGCCUCAUCACAGGAUUGGCAGGUCUAGACGCCAAAUCGAGCGGUCGCCUGGGAACGCGUGCCAUGGUGUACUACAUGACCACCACGAUCAUCGCCGCCGUGCUGGGCGUCAUCCUGGUGCUGGCCAUCCACCCCGGCAACCCCAAACUCAAGGAGAGGCUGGGAGAGGGCGCCAAGAACGACGAGGUCUCCAGUCUGGACGCCUUCUUCGACCUCAUCAGGAACCUCUUCCCCGAAAACCUGGUGCAGGCGUGCUUCCAGCAGAUCCAGACCGUCACAAAGAAGGUGGAGAUCGUACCUGAACCGAGAGACAUCAACGCCACCACCAUGGAGGGCCUCCUCAAUGCAACCAUGGCAACGCCGGAGGCCGAGUUCGUCAUCAAGAAGUCCCUGCAGUUCAAAGGAGGAAUGAACGUGCUCGGCCUCAUUGGCUUCUUCAUCGCGUUCGGCAUCUGCAUGGGGAAGAUGGGCGAGAGGGCCCGGCUGAUGCUGGAGUUCUUCAACAUCCUGAACGAGAUCGUCAUGCGCCUGGUCAUCAUGAUCAUGUGGUACUCCCCCUUCGGUAUCGCCUGCCUGAUCUGCGGAAAGAUCAUCUCCAUCAAGGACCUGGAGACGGUUGCCCGGCAACUGGGGAUGUACAUGGUCACGGUGAUCGUUGGCCUCAUCAUCCACGGAGUCAUCUUCCUGCCCAGCAUCUACUUCGCCAUUGUGCGGAAAAACCCCUUCACCUUCUUCAUGGGCAUCUAGGCCUGGAUCACCGCCCUGGGAACAGCCUCCAGUGCCGGGACCCUGCCCGUGACCUUCCGCUGCCUGGAGGAGAACCUGGGCAUCGAUAAGCGGGUGACACGCUUCGUCCUCCCCGUGGGCGCCACCAUCAACAUGGACGGCACGGCGCUGUACGAGGCCGUGGCGGCCAUCUUCAUCGCCCAGAUGAACGGCAUCGCCCUGGACGCCGGUCAGAUCGUCACGGUCAGUCUGACGGCGACUCUGGCCAGUAUAGGAGCAGCCAGUAUCCCCAGUGCAGGCCUGGUGACCAUGCUGCUGAUCCUCACCGCCGUGGGGCUGCCCACUCAGGACAUCAGCCUGCUGGUGGCUGUGGACUGGCUGCUGGAUCGGUUCCGGACCUCGGUGAACGUGGUGGGCGACUCGUACGGGGCGGGCAUCGUGUACCACCUGUCCAAAGCCGAGCUGGACGCCCUGGACGCGCUGCACGGCCGGUCCGACGACAUCGAGAUGACCAAGACGCAAUCCUACUACGACGAGCUGAAGAACCACCACGACAACAACCAGUGCGUGCACGCCGCCCACAACUCUGUGGUUGUAGAUGAGUGCAAGGUAACCGCCGUGGGCACCAACGGCUCGACCGCAGAGUACACGCUUGUUGAGGAGGAACCAUGGAAACGAGAGUAACACAGCAUACAGAACAACCGCCCCCCCCCCUUCUGCCUUACAUCCAAUCCCCUACCCCCACCCCCACCCCAAAUCUCCACAAGCUUUUCCAGCUGGUGAAAAAAAAACAACAACAAAAAAAAAAACAUGCAAACAGACAGAACUAACCGUCACUCUCUUAGUUUGGUGUUUUAAAACUCUUGCUAAUGAACCUCUUCACUGACCAGCUCUGACCUACUGGGGCGAAUGAAACUAAUACACUAGUAGCUGAGUGACAAGAUAACCUUUCGCCUGUACAAGUAUUAACCCAGUGUUUCCUAGCAACCAUUUGCACAACCUCAAGGCUCAGAAGGGUGGGGAGAGAGAGAGAGAGCGAGAGAGAGAGAGAGAGUGUGUGUGUGUGUGAGAGAGAGAGAGGGUGAGUAAGAGCGAGAGAAUGAACAGUAAAUGUAAUCAUAAGUAUAAUAUACGAGCAGCCGGUAUUAGUGAGCUGUGCUUUUAUAAACAGGUAUAGUAGAGUGUGUAGAAUGU